GAUGUUAGGCAAGGUUUGGUGGUGCUACACAUGACGCAUAUAUAUGGGAAGCGUCCCGAAUUAAUGCAUUACUGGAGCAAAGAUAUGAAUUGACUCAUGACGAUUGCUGGCUACUUGGUGAUUCUGGUUAUCCUUUAAGACCAUGGGUAAUGACACCAUAUCGUUCAAGCGUUAACGAAGACGAAAUAAGAUACAAUAAAAUUCAUGCUAAAGCCAGAAACUGCAUAGAACGACUUAAUGGAGUAUUGAAGUCUGUUUUUCGUUGUUUGCAAGUAGGAUUACACACAUCCCCACAGGCCGCUGGUAAAAUUGUUAAUGCGUGUUGUGUUUUACACAACUUUAGAUUAGCACAUGGCCUACACUGUGAUGCUUUAUUUGUCAAUGAAGAAGGAGCUUUUAAUGAUACUUCAUUUGGUAAUGAUGAAUUAAACUAUGAACCACUACCUGUAGCAUCUAGAGUACGAGACAGAUUAAAAGAAAGGUUUUCUCGCAAUCGUCAACUUUAACAUAUUUCAAUAAAAGUAGCAUAUAGUACAUACUAUAGUACAUUCAUACAUACAUACAUAAAUAAAACAAAAACUAUCCAAAAAUUCAUUGUUUACAUUAUUGUUUAUUCUGAUGUAUUACAUCAAAACAAAAGUAGUUUUUUGCUUCUCAAGUAAAAUUUUAAAUAUGUUAGAUAGGGCCUUUUACGUCUUAGGUGACGAUACAUACAUCUAAAUAUGCAAAUGUUAAAAUAAUUUUUGAGAAAAAUAAAUAUUUUCAUUUAAAUAUAUAGUAAUAAUAUUGUGCUCAUUUUCUCAAUCUCAAAUUUACUGGUUAAUUUAACGUUUUUCUUGAAUUUUUAAAACUUUAACUUCCAGAUGUUAAAGUAAAUCUGGAGAUUACUUUAGUGUUUACAAAUAUAGAUACUGUAAAACCAACAGAUCAAGUUAAAUAAUAAUAAAAUAUU